AACAAUUUUGUUGAAGAAGAAGAACAAGUGGAAGAAAAAAAUACAACCGUGACGAGUUUGGGAAAGAUUUCACUGAAAGCUUCCCUAAAAAUGCAUCAGGUCAUCCACACUGGAGAGAGACCGUUCAGCUGUGGAGACUGUGGAGAGUCUUUUACCAGGUCUGGAAGCUUAAAAAGACACCAACUUAUCCACACUGGAGAGAGACCGUUCAGCUGUGACGAGUGUGGAGAGUCUUUUACCCACUCUGGAAGCUUAAAAACACACCAACUGAUCCACACUGGAGAGAGACCGCUCAGCUGUGACAAGUGUGGAAAGUCUUUUACGCACUCUGGAAGCUUAAAAACACACCAACUCAUCCACACUGGAGAGAGACCGUUCAGCUGUGGAGAGUGUGGAAAGUCUUUUACGCAGUCUGGACACUUAAAAACACACCAACUGAUCCACAGUGGAGAGAGACCGUUCAGCUGUGACGAGUGUGGAAAGUCUUUUACCAGGUCUGGAAGCUUAAAAAGACACCAACUCAUCCACGGUGGAGAGAGACCUUUUAGCUGUGACGAGUGUGGAAAGUCUUUUAUCCACUCUGGAAGCUUAAAAAGACACCAAGUCAUCCACACUGGAGAGAGACCAUUCAGCUGUGAUGAAUGUGGAAAGUCUUUUACCGAGUCUGGAAGCUUAAAAAAACACCAACUCAUCCACACUGGAGAGAGACCGUUCAGCUGUGGAGACUGUGGAGAGUCUUUUACCCACUCUGGACACUUAAAAACACACCAACUGAUCCACAGUGGAGAGAGACCAUUCAGCUGUGACGAGUGUGGAAAGUCAUUUAUGCGCAUUUCAAACUUAAAAAGACACCAACUAAUCCACAGUGGAGUUAAAGCGUACACCUGUGAUCAGUGUGGCAGAGCUUUUACUCACAGUUACAGCUUACAGAGUCAUCUAGUUACCCACUCUGGAAUUAAGGCGUACAGCUGUGACAUUUGUGGAAAAACUUUCAGCCGGAUAGGGAGCCGAAAUACACACCUACGCAUUCACACCAGACAUGAUGUGUACAGCUGUGAUCAGUGUGGUAAACAGUUUACUACAAACACAGAGUUACGACGUCACAUGUUUACCCACACUGAGGAACGACCUUAUAAAUGUGACCUGUGUGAGAAGACUUUUAAAUCUCCACGUUACCUGAAAACACACCAACAGAUCCACACCAGAAAGACUCUAUAAGUGCAGUUACUGUGAGAAGCAGAGCGACACAGAUGGAUCAAGUUCUCAACCCUGUCAUCGCUGUGGGAAAGACUUUUGUUGUGACCUUUGUGGAAAGACUUUAAGUCAUUGAAGGACUCUGAAAAUACAUCAACGUAGACACACUGGAGACAAAAUGAACUACUGUAAAGAAUGCGGGAGAGGCUUCACCACUUCAAAGGACUUCAAACAAUAUGAACUCCUUCACGGUGGCGUCAAAAAGCAUGUCUGCGAUCAGUGUGGGUCAUCCUUCAUCAGUGCACGUCAGCUUGAAAAGCAUAAACGAGUCCACACAUGAGAGAAACCAUACAAGUGCAGACACUGUGACAAAACCUUUUCACAAUCAUGUGAUCAUACUAAGCAUGAACGCAGACACAUGAAAGAGAACUUCAUCUGUGAAAGAGUUUGAGUAUUCUCA